AUGAGUCACUCCACCAAUCUGAAUGCCCUCUCGGCCGAUGAGAUGGAGCGAUUCCAAAAAUUAUCCAAUGAGUUUGAGCCCGAUGUUCAGGGACCGCUCGUCUCGACCAAGCAAUCAAGUCACAACAUUGCCAUGGAAUAUGCCAACGCAGACCCGACUUUUGCAACAAAAACGAAUGCUCUUUCAAUAACCCACCCCAUGAGCCGUAUCAUGAAAGGAGAUGGGAAUUGUGGCUGGAGAGCGGUGGCUUUCGGUUAUUUCGAAACUCUUUUCAAUCUUCGGGACAUCAUGCGUGUGCAGCGAGAGCUAGCGAGAAUCAAGUCCCUCAGUACGCUUCUAGAUCAGGUCGGCCAGCAAGAAGAGCUUUACGAAAUUUUCGUCGAUGCCACAGAGGAUAUCUUCGCACAAACCGUGGCUGCUAUUCAAAAUGGUGAACAUGAUGAAACCUUUCUGGUCAAUGCAUUCAAUGCGGACUAUAGCUCAAGUGCGGUCAUCACACACUUCCGGUUGUUAACGAGCGCGUGGAUGAAACUCAAUCCGCACAGAUACCAAGCUUUCUUGGCUUUGCCAUUAGAUUCAUAUUGCGCCACGCGGAUAGAAACCGUUCGGACUGAGAUUGAUGAAGUUGGCCUGCAAGCUCUGGUCGAUGGUGUCAUUGAAGGGGCCGGAUUUGGGGUUGAGAUCCUAUAUCUCGAUCGAAGCGAGGGUGAUGCUGUGACGCCACACCAGCUAUCCCCAAAUCGUCCCAGUGAAGCCACCAUCCGCUUGCUGUAUCGACCCGGUCACUAUGAUAUCCUCUACCGAGCCGAACUCCCAACCGUCAACAUGGCGCCCGUGGUCAACUUUCAGUACGGAAUGACGUCCAAUUACUCUCCAUGGGACCAAGGCGCUCUCUCCUUCGACGUCAACCCCCACCUGAUGUCUAUUCCAAACCUUAUGGCCGAUCCGGCAUUCGGCGGUAUGGGCGCUCAAAUUUCCCCGAUGCCGUCCGUCUCUCCUCCGCUCAGUUCAUACCGAGUCUCGCCCCCACAGGAGAUGUACCACUCUCCUAUGCAGAGCCAUGCAAUGCCUCCAGUCUCUUCACCUCCACCUGCUCUGCCAUCCGCACCUCCUCCCAUGACUGUUUUGCCCAGUCGAUCAACCGAUGGGCCCCAGAUCCGCUUAAAUCCCCUGGUCAUGAAACCCAAUCUGAGUCACUCGCUUCCGGUGACUACACCUUUCAAAAACUCGCCGUACAACCAAGCCCACUUUCAAAACUCGGACUUCGAACCCAUACAUUAUGCCCCGAAUGAACAUUAUCGACGGUGA